AGCUUCUUCAGUACACACCUAGACGACAAGCAGUGCACAACCCACCCCUCCAUCCCUCACAGAACUCAGUGCGGAUUACCCACAGAUCAAAAAUCUUUCUUUAAUACAUCAUCAGAGGAGAGAAUAUAUUGUAUCAAAGACCUGUACCACAGACCAGGUCUGCAAGACCACCCUCGCAGACCACUGAUCCUCUCAUUAAAUGUUUAAAAGUGUAUUUCAUUUUAGUAUCGCGGGAGUAUUUUGUAAGAGGUUAAGUGAUGAUGUGGGCAGCGUCGGCGACCUCUCCAGUGUACAUUGUUCUGCUGGCCGCUCUUACGGUUGGCAUAUCAGCGCACAGGUCAUCUAAAAUACUGGUGGUGGCGCAGAACGUGAAGAAUCUGAUCUCAGAGAAGGUCACGGUGAAGGAGGCGGUGCUGGGGGAGCCGUGUGUGGUGGACAAGCACUGCAGGGUCACCAAUGGCGUGUGUGAGAAGGGAAGAUGUGGGUGUAUCUCUUACUACCUCGCUGUCAACGCCUCCCUCUGUCUCCCAGGAUCGUUGCUGGGGUUCCCUUGUGAGGUGGAUGCUCAGUGUAGUAUGCGUGUUGCUCACUCUGCCUGCAUCCAGGGCUACUGCAGGUGCGGUGCUGACUAUGUACCCUACCGCAGGAACAACUGUCUCAAAGAGGCGCGGGUGGGCGCCAUGUGUAGAAGCCAUGAGCAGUGCCAUUUAGGAAGCAGCGGCAGCUUCUGCAACUUCACGGUGCCACGGGUGUACGGGAGGUGCCAGUGCUCCAGUGACGCCCCCAGGAAUGGCAACACCUGUGGCACUCUCAGAUACACCCUGGGUUCACCUUGUGGCACCAGUGCCCAGUGUAGCACUCACGUACCUGGCUCUAUCUGUGUCAUCCAGCGCUCGGCCAGGGUGCCACUCUUCACAGACCUCAGUGCCAACAGCAUCACCGCCAUCUCAGGGGUGGCUCCCAGGCCUCUGGGAGUGCCACUCGCUGUCUGUGCGUGUCCCCCAGGACACCUGCAUGCUGACAGUGGCACCAGAUGCAUCCCCGUCCUUAAAGACGCUGGUGUGACCCCUGCCUCCCUGGGUCAGCGGUGUGAGAGUUCACAGCAGUGUCGAGCCUCGGAUCCCUACACCACCUGCAUUGCUGGAGUGUGUCACUGCCUCCUUCACAGUCCACAGUGCUCCGCUGACAACACCGGAUGCCACAAGGAAACUUUCCAGUGUGCGUCGUCGGGGCGUUGCAUAAGCUGGUACUUCGUGUGCAACGGGGUAGGUGACUGCGAGGACGGGUCUGACGAAGCCAUGUGUGUGCCACACAGGUGCCCCACCUUGGCACACACCUGCAACGAUGGCACUUGCAUCUCUCGUGCACACCUGUGUGAUGGUAAACCUCACUGUCCUGAUGCUUCAGAUGAGGCCUCAUGCAACGGAACGUGUCCGAAGACGACGUUCCGGUGUGGCGACGGCCGGUGCCUUCCAGGGUUCGUCUUCUGCAACGCUAAGGCCACUUGCAACGACAGCAGCGACGAGGAUGAGGCCGCCUGCAUCCAGGGGUCUAUUACUGCUCCUUACUGCCCCUUCAGGUGUGGCAAUGGACGGUGUCGUUCGACGGCCAUACUGUGCUCGGGGACGGACGGCUGCGGUGACAACACAGACGAGGCCAAGUGUUCCGUCUGCAGUUGUCGCAGGCCGAGUUAGCGGCGGUAAAGCAUCAGAGAUUAACUUUGCCUCCUCACUGUCUGUAGAUGUUAAUUGUUCAUCAGGAAAGAAGAUAGUCUCAUAAGGCACGAUUGUUUUUUUCAGAUGAUCUGGAGUUAUUUGUUACACCCCAUUUGUACACAGAGGCUUGUUUCCUGGCAGGGUGUUGUAGGUGUGUUGUGGACGUGUUGUGGACUGUGUACUUGGCUGGUUGUGAGAUUUGAUCAUAACACAUUGUUUUGAAGAGACAAGCGGUGCAGAAUAAGUUUUGUUGGGGAAACGUUUCGUUCUGUGUGGAGCUUCAUUCGGCUUAGUGCGAAACACUGUCCAAAUGAAUGUUUCCUUUGCAUCUUCACUGUCGUCUACACGACCACAUCUGGAUCUAAGAUAUUGCUUUGCAGGGUUAAAUGUCAUGAGUAACCCAAAACAUAAAGAAUUAGAUAUAUGUGCAACAUCUUUAUUUGUAUAUGUUUCGCCAUCCAGUGCUUUAUCAAUACAAGGACAUAACGUGAAGACUGUAGAUUUAUAUAAAAAAGUUGAGGUAAUCAGUCCGUCAGCCUUGGAGUUGGUGAAGAGCACAGUAGUCUUGAGGACCUUGUAUUGAUAAAGCCACUGGAUGGCGAAACAUCUACAAAUAAACAUACCUAGAUGUUGCACAUGUCUUAAUUAUUCAUCUUGUCUAUAUUGUAUGCCAUUCAUGAACAAUCCAAAACACCCGCUGGGGAAACCAAUCAUUCCUACUUGAGUGAUGUAAAGUAAGCUGGCGCUACUAAAGAGGGCCCAACACAGCUUGAAAACUAGCUUAAUCACGUACGACACAUAGGCAAUAAUAAAAAAUAAAAGUGAGAGGAAAUUUAUGCUUUAGGAUUUAAGUAGUUCACAUAACGCGAGAAAUAUGACUGGUGUCCUGCUGUGUUCUAGGACAACUCUGAUUGUGUAAUCUUUAUUACUCUUUACUUAUGUUAUACAGUAUUUGUGCUAAUGCAUUGAAUAUGUAGUUUAUAAACACACACACCCCUUCAGGUAAAUAAUAUUGAAGCAGUAACUUAAUUAAGACAGAAGAUACUGGAGCUAAGCCAGACCUAAGCCAGGUUUGCAAAGCCAACCCACGUGUGUGGUGCCAUCACGUGACUGACGCAACUCAUUAGACCUACAACCAUUGCAUUUGUUGACGUUAAUUUAGUGAAUUUUAAGGGGCAUUAAUUUAUAUAUACAUGUAUAUAUGUA